AUGUCCGAACAACAAUUGAAAUCAUCUCAGACCAGCCCGUCACUCUACUCUGCCAAUGGCAUUGUGGACAACCUUUGGAAGCACAGGAUUGAGGUUGAUUCCUUCAACAAUGGCAAGAAGAAAUUAAAGCUAAAGGGCAGAGAGCUGCAAUCAGUUCCCCGGGAGAUAUUUGACCUGAGGGGGCUUCAAGUGCUGGAGAUGAGCCCGAAAUGGGAAAGCUGCUUGAAUUAUAGGAUGGGCACUGUCCCUCGGGAAAUUGGUCAACUGACCACCCUUACUGUGCUGAAUUUGGACACCAAUGAACUGCGGGAGAUCCCACCUGAGAUCGGGGCCUUGCAAAAUCUGGAAACUCUGACUCUCAGUAACAACCAACUGAUCUGCCUGCCUGCCGAGAUCGAGAAGCUGCAAAAGUUGCAGAGCCUGCACUUGGCCAACAAUAAUUUCCUGGAGCUCCCUGUUCAGGUGUGCCAGCUCCGCCGCUUGACAUUUCUGGAUGCCUGUGACAACAGGAUAAAGUUCAUCCCCCACAGCAUUUGCAACCUGGAGUGUUUGGAGACUCUGCUCCUGUACUUCAACGCAUUGCAGAGCCUGCCUGACUCCAUCUGCAGCCUCGCAAACCUACGCACUCUCUGGCUGGGAAAUAAUAGCCUAAGGAGCCUUCCCAUCCAGUUUGGGCACCUGGUCAACCUUGAGUGGGGCCGCAGCCACUCUUCUUCAAACUUUGAGGGCAAUCCACUUGAAUCCCCCCCUCCUAAGGUAUGCAGGGGUGGACCUGAGGAGAUCAGCCGUUACUUUGCUACAUGGGAUGAAUGA